AUGGGUCAUAAAGUCGCGAAAGUAUUGAGUGGGCCAGCGAGGAAUGCCAAGACAUGUAAGCGGUUUCACGGUUUGGGCAUAUCGGCGUCAGUUGGGAUUAAUUCCGUGUUGGACAGCUGGGUGGCUAGGUUUUCCAGACCCACGACCAGGCUGGGUUCCACGAGGGCUUGGCGUUUGGUGGCUUGCAAGGCUCAAUCGGUGAGGUACGAGUCGUCUACUUCUCUACCACAUAGCGACGGAUGCCAAAGACGUGUAAGCGGUUUCACGGGUUUGGCAGGAGUCGUGCCCUACCACCAGGAGAUAAUUAUCAACAAGGAGAUCAGCUCCUUCCUGUCUUUGGGCCUAGUGCCGUGA